GUGGCUGUCAGAUGCGAAGGGAACAUUGACUCAACUGAAAUCGCCACCUUGAGUCCGGAGGCCCUCAGCUUCGACCCCAGCAAGCAGGAGCCCCAGGAGGAGCAGGAGCCCCUGGAGGAGGAGGAGACGCUGGAGGAGGAGAAGGAAGAGAGAACGAAGGAGGAUCUGACAAGCGAGAGAGAGGAAUACAAGGUGAAAAAAGGCAGAAAAAAGGAUGAAAAUGGAGAGCUGGAUAAUACUAAUACGGCGUGGCUGGAGCAGGCAACAGCGAGCCUUCCCAAGCCCGAGGCCCUGCAGGGAGGACGGCCCGGUCUCCCCCUUCAGGCUGGGGCCACAUUUGGGGCCCACCAGCCUCUGCAGGGAGGCACUCUAGGAACCCACCAGCCUCCGCAGGGAGGCACUCUAGGAACCCACCAGGCUCUACAGGGAGGCACUCUAGGGACCCACCAGGCUCUACAGGGAGGCACUCUAGGAACCCACCAGCCUCUGCAGGGAGGCACUCUAGGGACCCACCAGGCUCUACAGGGAGGCACUCUAGGAACCCACCAGCCUCUACAGGGUCUCCACUUGGGAAGGAUUCCUCCCUCCUGUGCUCUUUGCUCUAGAGAAAGGAACCUCUGUAGGAUCAUAUCAGGUAUCUUCACCAGGUCUCCUCUGCCCUACGGGUACUCCUUAGUCACCCCUGUGCCAGCGGGAGUCUGUAAUCUCACCAUUACUGAGAUGAAGCCCUCAAAGAACUUCUUCGCUCUGCGACGAUCGGACGGCACCUAUGUUCUGAAUGGCAACUGGGACAUCCAGGCAUCCGGAGAGUACAUAGCGGCCGGUACCACCUUCCUCUACACCCCGUCCAGCGAUGACCACGGCGAGCAGCUCUCAGCUCCUGGACCUCUCAAAGAACCCAUAGACUUCAUGCUUAUCUCCCAGAGUCCCAACCCCGGCGUCAAGUACGAGUACAGAGUACCGCUACCAGAGUACCUCGGCAGUUCCUCCUCCAGUGGCUUAAACCCCCCGUCUGGAAGUCUGGGAAGUUCACCUGGAGGUCUGCGGCCACAUAUGGGCGCCCAGCUGACUCCUUUCCAGCCUCUGCCUCAGGGAACUUCAAGCGGCGGCUCAAGGAACACCAAUAUCGGUCUCAGGAAUCCAAGCUCAGGUGGCGUGAGCCAAGGCGUUCCUGGAUUGUAUCCGUAUGGCAGCGGGAAUACAGGGCUUCCAGCAGGCAACUUCGGGCCAUCUCUUAGCGGCGGCGGCACCAACCAGGUCGGUUUCAACUCCAGUGGAGUUCCCUUUUCUCCUCUCAACCCACAAAGUGGUAGUGUUGCAGCGAGUCCAGCAGGAUCCCAGAGAAAGAGUCCCACAUUUUUGGGAGUUCCAGCUGCCAUCUCUCCCCACAGUCAGCCCCUUACGCCCUUGGGGAGCACAGGCAAGGCCACAGGGACUCUACCCAUACCCUGGGGUCCUACAUACGGGUCACAAGACAGUGGUAGAGGGGUACCUCUAGGAACCCCGUUUUUGCCGGGACAGCAGUACCCAAGAGUCCCAACGGGAGGCUCUGUGUCCUCCGGUGUAGGAUUCACAGGGUCUAGGUAUCCGGGACACACUAGGACAGACGGUUUAACCCUAGAUAAGGGCAGCGUCGAUGCAGGAGGAGGGACGGGCUUGACGUCGGGAAGAGACGGCGCUUUCCCACCGGAGUUCCCUAAGAAUAGCGUUCCUCUGAGACCUAUCGCCAUCCCGAGGCCUGGCACCCCAGAAGGGGCAAGACGGCCGUCUGGCGGUGUUUCCGGAACCCAACGACGGCCCUCAGUUGGGUCGUCAACCCCUGCUACCCCAGCUGACACCCACAGGACACGACACCAGCAUGGGUCACAACUUGAACAAGGUCGGAGGAAGGCGUCUAACAAGCCUUCGGAACCCCCGCUCUUCGAUCUUGGAGUCCAGUUGAUGCAGCCUUCAACGUCGUCUCGGAACCGGACGGGCCCCUUCGGCAGCCCAAGACGCCACGGUAAGGGCAGUCGUCGUCGCCACCACCAGCAGGACAGCGGGACCCUGGCUGACGGAUACGACGACACCCAGACGGGGACGAAGGGUCGCCACAGGAAGCAAGGAUUGAGGUUCCAGUGGGCUGAGAAAGGCUUCACACCGUGUUCCAGAUCCUGUGGCGGAGGUAAUCAGACAGUGAUCUUGUCGUGUGAGAAGAAGAGGAAGAGAAAGGUGGUGUCUGACAGACGAUGUGGUCACCUUCCUCGUCCCGAGAUGAGGGUCGUCGUGUGUAACCUCAACCCUUGCCCUGCCACGUGGAUGCCUGAAGAGUGGGGUCCCUGCAGCGUCACCUGCGGGAUGGGGGUACAGACCAGGACUCUGGUGUGUAAACAAGUAUUGUCUGCUUCCCUGGUCAUGAUGGUCCCUGAAGGGGCCUGCCUGGCGCCCCCUACCGUCGCCACCUCUCAGGUGUGUGAGGCCAAGAGGUGCCGGAGCAGCCUGCCAGAGUGGGAACCUGGGCCUUGGAGCAACUGCUCCACCCCCUGUGGGCUCGGUCUCCGGAAGAGACAGGUGACCUGCACGGUGGACGGGGAGACCGUCAGCGAGGACAGAUGUUCACCUUCGACCAAGCAAGCUAUUAAGGAGCAACAGCUGUGCGACAUGGGGUCAUGUGCGACGAACAUUUGGUUCUUCUCCAAGUGGUCUGAGCAGUGCUCUGAGUCGUGUGGUACAGGUGUGCAGACCAGGCGAGUCCAUUGUCUGGCGGGGGAGAACGUGGAGGGGGAGAUGGGGGGCGGCUGUCCCCCCUCCAGUCGUCCAGAGACCUCCAGGCCCUGCAGUGGACAAAUUGGCUGUGGUGGACAGUGGUUCGUAGGCCCGUGGAGUGCGUGUAGUGUGGAGUGUGGUGCUGGCAGGGAGACUCGCUCUGUGCUCUGUGUGGUGUUCAGUCGUCAGCGGUGGCGGACGACCCAGGACUCUCACUGCGAAGUAGAGUCCAGGCCCCAGGACUCCCGGGAGUGCAUCCUUCAAUCGUGUACACCUGAGUGGUACACUUCUGAGUGGUCCCAGUGUUCAGCGUCCUGCGAGGGAGGGAUCAGGCGACGGGAGGUGACGUGCCUGGACACCAGCCAGAGACCUUCAGCAGACUGCUACAACGCCACCAGGCCCGACACCCGCCAGCCCUGCCACCUCCACUCCUGCAACACCUCCCUCAGCAGAGAACAGCAGCAGCAGCAGCAGCAACACACUGCUACUGGGGCUACGCAGACCGGGGUGAAUCCUGAUGCCGAAGCAGGAGGCAACGAGGGCGGCGCUGAGGGGGUUGAGGGUCCGGCGAUAACGAAGCCUGACGAGGACGUGAAGACCGUCAGUGUAGUCCAGACUGCUGACGAAGGUCCUACGGCCCAGGAGGAGGUGGUGGCGGGGGAGGAAGAGAACGAACUGAUUGUGGAGGAGCCGACAGGUAGCGCACUUAACGUCAUUCCGGACAAAGACGCUCAGGGGGACGAGUCUGUCUCAGACGACAAGGACGAGAGUGAGAGAGAGGACGUUGAAGAUGAGGAGGAGGAGAAGAAGAAGAAGAAGAAGAAGAAGAAGAAGAAGAAGAAGGAUAAGAUGAAUAGGGGCAGAGACGAUAACGGAGGAGCUGGGUCAAGAGAAGUCUCCGUAAGUGGCUCUCCAGAUAUUGACAAACCCGCCUGUAUUGACCGAAUUAAGAACUGCCAUCUUGUGUUCCGAGCGAGGCUGUGUAGACUCAAGUACUACAAUACACUUUGCUGCCGCACUUGUAGUAACACUUGAGUUACCCAACACUUGGAAUUAAUGUUGGACUUGGAGAAACUAUCAUAAAAAUCUAAGUUCUGGAUCGAACGUGUACCCCACAUGUCGAGUAGCAACACAGAAAACGAGAAGCUGGAAUCUUUAUUUCUUAAAAUUGAUGUCUUUGAAAUAAAAUAUAAAUAUAUUUAGGAAAAUAUUUAUAUUUUGGCCAGAACAUAGUUGAACAAAGUCGCCGCCUUUAGAAAACAAAAGGCACGUAUGGGGAAGCAAUUAUUUAAUUGCAAUGAAGGUUAGGGGAAAUCCUCAAAGAAAACGCGGCAACGGUUCCAACAAGAAACUUGCAAUUUCAUCAAUAUAUAUAAUAUACAUCGACCAAAAAUUUUGUGUUCAAGGAGCAAUCUCCUGCCCAAUAAUACUCAGGAGAAAUAUUAUCAAAGCAUUGACUUAAGAAAUAUUAAAACAAAUAACAUAAAAAAAACAAUCUUAAACUUUUAUGUGUAAAAGCUUAUUACAAGGUGAUUUUAUCAUUAUAAUUAUAAAUAUUAAUAUAAUGCUGUACAGUUAUUAUAUAUAAAAAAAGUAAGAUCAAUAUGUAUAAAAAAAAGAAAAUAAUUUUAAAAAUUAGUAAAUAUUGUAACAGAUUAUUUAAAUGUCUUUUUAGCGUAGUGGCAUCAGUACGUUUAUGUAAAGUUUGUAAGUAACUAUAUUUCUAUGCCAAUUCAACGAUUAAGAAAUUAUAAAUUAGUAGUAAUUCAACCAUUCUUUUAAGAUAACACAAUAUACUAAAUUAGCUAAAAAUUUUGCAUGUUAUUGUGCUUAAGGACAAAAUGGAAUAGUGAUUACAAGUCACUAUAUCAUUAGUGAUUUCUAAUCACUAAUUAGCAAAACCCAAAAGUCCAUUUGGGUUUUGUUUCUGUGAACGAGUUACAGUGAUGACAUUAGUAACGCAAAUGACUAUUUGAUACUACGUUAAUGGUGAGAAUAAUGACAAUUAUGCUGCUGAUUGUUACAAUAACAGUGAUCGAGGAUGAUAAUGUUACACAACUGAUUGUUUUUGAGAAUACAGAUAAUGAGAGUGAUAAUGUUUGGGAUAAUGAGGAUGACCCGAGAGUAGUGUUAAUCACCUUUGCAGAAACCUUACUACGACGAUAACAGUUGUUUGUGUCAACUGUUUUAGUGUGCCAACUGCAUCAGUGUGUCCAGUGAAACAUCGUGUCAAGUUCACAACAUGUUAUCUCAAAACAUGUUAGUUAUAGACAUGACAGUCCAAGAUAUGUCAGUUCUAUGUAUGUCAUUUCUAAACCUGUCAAUUCUAAAUAUAUCAUUUCUAGACAUGUCACUUUAUUACAACAGAAAAAAUAACAGUUUAUAAGCACAGAUGGUGAUGUUUAUUAUCACAGAUGGUGAUGUUUAUUAGCACAGAUGGUGAUGUUUAUUAGCACAGAUGGUGAUGUUUAUUAGCACAGAUGGUGAUGUUUAUUAGCACAGAUGGUGAUGUUUAUUAGCACAGAUGGUGAUGUUUAUUAGCACAGAUGGUGAUGUUUAUUAGCACAGAUGGUGAUGUUUAUCACUAUAGAAGGUCACAACAGCUGGUGCUGGCCAGUGAGUGUUGACUUUGGUGUGAAUCUUGUGAUAGUGAUUGAGUAUCAACAGCUGGUGCUAUUUGCCAGCUGUUUUGUGUUCACUUUGGAACAAUCUCGUUGACGUAGAUAAAACACCUAUAAAUCUUAUGAAGGUUCUGAUGGAGCAUUUACAACGCACUAAACAUAUUAUAAAGAUUGGAUAUAAUUAUUUACUGAAUGUCAAAUUGUUUGUCAAACUAAAUUACUUUACUGCUAGCCAAUUAAACUCGUCCAAUUAUAACUGUGUAUGUCUGAACGUUCAGCUAUAUGAUUCAUUUAGAAUCGUUGACUUAAACGGGCCACAAAAAAGGUAGCAGCAUAGUCAAUAAAACUCAUUUCUUUGUUAAUAUUUUAGACUCUAUGUAAUAUAUGUGAUACAGAUUAAUGUUGCUGUCAGUGUUAGGUUACAGUGAGAUUGAUUCGUGUAAAUUAUGUAGCGAAAAUGUCGUCUUGUGCCGUGUUUAAGAGUCAUUUGAUGUCGAUAGCACUCUGUUAUCUACUUGAGGUUAUCUUGAGAUGAUUUCGGGGCUUUUAGUGUCCCCGCGGCCCGGUCUUCGACCAGGCCUCCACCACCCCACAGGAAGCAGCUCCUGACAGCUGACUAACUCCCAGGUACCUAUUUA